AUGUCUCGCCAAAGCAUGGCACCGAACCGCAGCCUGUCUCUCACAGAAGAAUUGGAGAAGCUGGAGCAGUCCAUCACCCUGACCCUCCAGGAAAUCGACCACAACUUCAGCCGCGCGCAUCGCAUCGUCACCACGGGAAUCCUGCCCAUCAUCGAGCAAUACGGGAAGCACUCCGAGGCAGUCUGGGAAGGGUCAAAGUUCUGGAAGCAGUUCUUCGAAGCCAGCGCAAACGUGUCGUUGUCAGGGUACGAGGCGCCACAGGAGGAUUCGAUUGCGCAGGACGAUACACACGAAUCGGUGACGUAUGAGGACGAUGAGACCAUGACAGGGCACGCUACAAGAGAGGGCGCCAUUACCCCUCAGCGGGCAACCUCGUCCCACGGAGAGCCCGAGGACACUAUGACACUCGACUCACCUUCCAUGGGCCACAGCACGCCUGGAAUGCCUCAGUCGCUCCGGAGAGGCAGGAACGGCGACGGUGAAGAGCUGGACGCAGAAGAGGAGGCACCGCAAUUCGCCGGCCUCUCCUCGCCAUACGAAACGCUCAGGGAAGAGCUCGGAGCUGGGCCGCAGGGAUCAAGAACGCCGAGAUUCGAACCAGUCACGCCUGGAAAGUCGCAGGCGCUGCCUGAUAUGAUGGGCUUUGACUCUUCGCCCUUUGUUCAGCCCACAACGUCGAAGAAGCCGCACUUCAAUCAGGACCCACUCAUGCACCACGUCCUGGACAAGACAUUCCGCGUUCAGGCUACACCGCUCGUCAGCCCCAGAAAGUACAAGCCGACUGGCGCCUUGACUCCGAGCGCGGCACAUCGUGCUGCACCCACACCUCGUGGAGCUGCAGCCAAUGCGAGGCUGCCUAAAUGGGACGACUCAUCACCUCCUUCGUCGCCGGCACCCCAGCUGCGUGCAGACAUGUUCUCGCCUAUGAAGACGCCUCGCACGCCAGGCGUUAGUAUUCAGACACCUGCAAAAGGCAAGCAGCGUAUGAGCGCUGGAAGGGACCAAGACUUUGUCGAUUAUAGCGACGAUGACGAGCUCGACUUCAGCCCGCCCAAGACAAUCCAGUUCCACAUUCCGCAGACGAAGCUGUUGCAGACACCCGCCCGAGAAGCUAGUAGACGUAUCGUGGACGAUCUUCUCAUGACCGCUGGCGGUGACUUCACAGAUACUACAAACGGAAUGGAAGACGACAGUCCGAGCGUGGUCAGACGUCAAGUGGACCUGGACGACAGCUUCUAG